GGUCAGCCCUCACAUUUUAGCAUCGUCAACAACGAUCAUGAACUAGCUCAAUCCUCUGCCUCUAUCUCAGAUCAUCAUUCUGACAGUUUAAGCUGUAGAUGUGUAUCAUUUGACCUCACGCGAAACCAAUGCCGCGAGUUUCUCAUUAUUGAUCCACCACUUAAUCUGCUAAACAGUCAAUCGUCUAUCCUAUUCGGUUAUGUUAGUGUCAAUGGUCGUGUGCCUGGUGAUUACGAAGAUGACGAGCUAGAAGAAGAAGAGGAAGAAGAGAGUGGACGGAGUUGUAAAGAGUUUCUGAUAGAAGAGGACGAUGGAAAUGGAAAUGUUGGAAGGAGUCGAAUCCAAUUCGUUGAUCGGGACCCUGGCAAUAGCAUACUUCCUCGUAUAACCUCUAGAUCGCCAACUCCAGAUCUUCGGACAGAAAGCAAAUUCACUUAUAGCAAUUCCCCAUACAUCCGCCGUUUUGAAUGGAGUCCACAAUACUCAAGUCCACAAGUCGAUGUAAAUGCUCUCCAACGAAUAUAUUCACCACAGACGGACAGCCAGAGUAAAUUGCAGGUUCAUCAAGACUUAAAGGCAGAUGAAAGUACACGGCGCCUGCAGACACAACCAAGGUUUUUAAGUGUCGUAGGCCAGGAUACAUUGCAAGAGGUCCGCAGGCCAUCCUCUGAUAAUAUCCACUUUGCAGUAAAUCAUUCACUGGCUAAAGAGGAUCAGAAACAAACUAGUCCUGUGACAGCAUUUUCGGGGUCUUUAAGUAGUGUACCAUUUAGUACCUUCCAGCCACUGGAGCAGGAUUUACUAGCCAGCAACUCAGUUGCAACUGGGCAAACUUUUUCAAAUAGUCCACACUUGGUGGUCUCAACCGGCCCGAUUUUGGUGCGCACAUCUCGGGACUGUGAUACAUAUUCGACAACCAGUUGCACUCCUUCCUUAUCAUCUACAUCCCAGAUAGUCACGUCGCAGAGGCUAUCUCCCGUGCUGAUUUCCUCGAGAAUCCAUCCGGCUCCAAAGUUCGGAAACAGUUUAUCAAAUGGAAAUCUAAGUCUCAGUACAGAUGGAGCUAAUAUCACCAGAAGUGACGAAGAUCAGAGCCCUGUGUUUGGAAGAAACAGUUUCGUGAUCAAGCAGGCUAGCGACUGA